ACUCGCCACAGCCAGCUUCUAAUAAAAGAACUGUCCCGACUAAGAGAGGAAAAAAGACACGUAGAUUUCUUACUGAUCUGCAAGGAGAACAAAACGUAUUGUCGUAAAGUCGUUCUGGCCAUAUUUUCGCAAAGGGUAUAUGAUGUUUGUUUGGGAUCGCUUUUAACUGAACUGAACACAAAGGAAAAUGCAGAUUAUCUAAUAGAGAAGCUCUAUAAAGCGUCAUAUGACGGCAUGGAAGGCGAUGUCUUUGAAUUUGUCAACAAAAUAGCUAAACCUGCAGAUGAACUCGACAUUAAGUUUCUUAUUAAAUCCAAAAAAGUUACAUCUUGGGAAGACAUUGAGCGGGAAAGGCUAAGAGUAUUUUCAAAACAAAUGAUAGAAUUUUGGAAGAAAGAAAAAUUUACAGAUGUAGUCUUACAGGUUAGUGGAAAGGAAUUCGGAUGUCAUAAAGUCGUUUUGGCGGCCAUGUCUCCUUACUUUGACGCCAUGUUUUUGUCUGGCAUGAAGGAAACUGGAAAAAAUGCUAUUGAACUGCAUGGAUUUGAUAAGAAAACAGUUGGAAAGAUAAUAGAAUAUAUCUACACAGGAGAAUGCGCCAUUGACAAUAAUAACGCUGAUUUUAUAUUCACAGCGUCCGUGUACUUUCAAGUUAAACCACUACAAAGAUUAUGUGAGCGAUUUCUUGCUUCUCAUAUAGACUUAGAUAAUUGUAUUGAUUUACUAAGGUUGGCAGAAUCAUGCAGUUGUGAAAUUCUAAUAAACGAUGUCACGAAUUUUAUGAAGAAAACUAUCGUGAAAUCAUUUCGAAAUCGAUCUUUCGCAAAACUCAACUACGAGACACUAGUAAGAUUAGUAUCAAGCGACGACUUGAUAGUUUCUGAGGAGAUUCAUGUUUUAGAUUUGAUUCUUCAAUGGUUUGAUGGCCAGGACAGUAAAGACGAAGGGACUCUUCUAUCUCUAAUGGAGCAUAUUGCAUGUUCCCAAAUCAAACUGGAAGUUCUUCAGCACUUCUGUGAAACAAAUAAAUACUUGCAACAAUAUCCCUCGUGCAAAAGAAAGCUACUGGAUGCCGAAAGAGGCAACGCGAACUCAUGUAAAUUCAGAAAUGAUGAAGUAUUACUUGUUGUUAGACCCAACACUUUUUCAGAUCAUGUAGACAUUGUGUGUUACAGUUUGAUGCAAAACAGUUGGUUUUCAUUGAACAAGAUAAUAAAUUACAAAACAGGAGCUAGCCCAGGAGUAUGCUAUCACGAGAAAAAUGUCUUCAUAUCCGGGGGAUCCGGAAAUCUCACAAAUUUCAUCAGGUACGAUUGCCACACAAAUGAAUGGCAGUAUUUGCCACGAAUGAAAUUGGGGCGUUUUGGUCAUUGUAUGUGUGGGACCGAGACAAGCAUAUUUGUUAUUGGCGGGAAAACAAUGUCUCAUGACAGCUUUAACUCCAUUGAGAAAUACAGUUUAGUUGAAAAUAAAUGGUCAGAAGAGGGUAAACUACUUGUUUCAGUUUCGGAUGCCACUUGUGCAUAUGUGGAGUCAAAGAUUUUUGUAUUCGGAGGUUCACAAAAUGCUUUUAGCUUUACUCAUGCCAUUCAGUGCUACGAUAUGAAAACCAAAAAUUGCACCCAAAUAAGCACCUUUCCAAAAGGGGUCCUUACUGGAAUAAUGAGAAUUUGUUGGUGUGAAGACUACUUUUACCAUGUGACUGCAGAAGGAAAAGUUUUACAAUCUAAUAGAACAAAUCCUUGCGCCCCGGAGCCUAGAUACAUAGGGACCAUUCAGAAGCGCCUGAUGAUGUCUGGCUAUUCUGUUGUCUACUACAGAGGAAGUAUUCUACUGGUCAGUGAUACAAAGACUGCUCAGGGAGAGAGUAAGGUCAUUCAGUAUGGGAUAUCGGAAAAUAAACGUUUACUUUGUGAUAUUAAGCAGAUCCCAUUUCCUCCUGAUUCAAACCAGUAUUUUGCGGUCAUUACAAAUAUUAGCAAGAAAUUUUUGAUUUCAAUAGUUAGCUAAUCA